UACGCACGAAUCUGUGUGACCAUUCGUUGUCCCGUCCCUUUCGUCUUCCUCCCCCCUUGCAACCUGCACCCCACCAGCAAACCAUCUGGGCUCCUUUCCUUUUCCAAAUCUCCGUAUUAAACUAACAAUCUGAAUCGCGCAGCCCCAAGAGCAAGCAACCUCUGCUCUGCUCCAGUUGCCUCCCUCCCUGCCAGUGGCUUAGCAUCAGAUUCUCUCUCUCUCAGGGCACAGCCAAAACAGCAGUGACAGCACAGGGCGGCUGCGGCUGCGGCUGCGAAGCCAGUUCCACUUUUUUCUCGAUUUAUUGCUAGUUUUCUCGCUUCCCCUUUGGCGCUGAUUCUUGUUUACUUAGUUAACCGCCCGUACCCACCGCCAAUCCCCAGGCCGCCGCCUGCUCUUGCCGAACCCCAACCACCCAUAGCAGUCAGCACAGCCCGCUUUCUUCUGCAUAUCUUGCCGGUUCUUCGGCCUUGGGAUUGAUUGCUAAGUGCUAACGGUUCUUGGAAAUUCUUCCUGGAAGCAAGCUCAGUUUAGUUUUCUCAUUCUUCUGUUGCCGUCUUGCCAAGUUCGUGCGGUUGGAUAGCGUUGAUUGCUCUUGAAGGGAAUACAAGGGGAAUUAGCAGAGUCUCGAGUUGACCGAGCUUGUCAUGGAGCCAUCGGCUGGGUUCCGGGCCUCUGUCUGGAGCUGCUUCAAGUUCUUGCCCUUCUUCUGUGGCCUUCUUCUCCUGGGGAUCAUCAAAGGUGUUCUGUUUGGCCCAUGGGCCUGGCUUAUUAUAGCGAUCGGUAUUUCUGCACUCGUCCUGGGGUUAUGGCCUAUGCAUGUGAUUUGGACGUACUACUGCAUCAUAAGGCAGAACCAAGCUGGUGGGACCUGUUGUGAAGCUGCUGCUUCUUAUUUCUGUAUCUGGGAUUUUAGUCUUGUGGCUGAUAGUUGGCAUCGUUGGAAGCGUACUUGCUGGGUUAGCAUACGGCUUUCUAGCACCAGUAAUGGCCACAUUUGAUGCACUCGGUGAAGGAAAAAAAAGGCCACUCGUUCAUUGCUUUGUGGAUGGAACAUGGAGCACUAUCACAGGAGGCUGUACAGUAGUCAGGGACCUGAAAGACAUGCUAUUCCAUUCAUAUCUUGCAUAUAUGGAUGAUCUACGGUUCCACGAACCUCCUGGUGGAAAACCAUUUGAAAUAAGAGUGCUUGAUAUUCCUGGCGCAGUACUCGCUGCCGCAUGUGGACUCUUAAUGGAUGGGAUAAUGUUCACAGCAAUUGCCUUGUACAAGUUCCCUGUGAUGCUUUUUAAAGGAUGGAAGCGACUGAUUGAAGAUCUGGUUGGCAGAGAAGGACCUUUCCUUGAGACAGCGUGUGUGCCAUUCGCUGGUCUGGCUAUUCUUCUCUGGCCAUUUGCUGUUUUAGGAGCCUUCCUAGCCUCCAUGAUCUCCAGUGUUCCUCUAGGCGCAUAUGCUGCCAUUGUGGUUUAUCAGGAAUCCUCUCUUUUCAUGGGACUAUCUUAUGCAAUAUCAUCAGUAUCCAUCUUUGAUGAGUAUACAAAUGAUGUACUUGACAUGGCACCAGGAUCUUGCUUUCCUAGGUUUGUAUACCAGAAGAAUGAAGCUUCCGUGGAAAGUACCCGUGGCCCGCUGUCAAGGCCCGCCUCAUUCAGGGAUAAGCAAGAUGGAAAGAAAGCUCCAGCACGGGUUACAUCAUUUAAGAGUAGCUUUGAUGAGUUCAAUCCAUUUAAGUUGCUAGAUCACCUAUUCGAAGAGUGUCACCACCGUGGCGAGGCUCUGGUCGCUGAAGGAGUGAUAACACCGAAAGAUAUCGAAGAAACAAAGUCAGGCAAAGGCGGCAGCGGAGUGCUUAAUGUGGGUUUGCCAGCAUAUGUUAUUCUCAAUGCACUCCUACGAUCUGCAAAGGCUGAUUCCGAUGGCCUGAUUCUCAGAGAUGGCUGUGAAAUAACAUCUGACAACAGGCCUAAGAAUACACUAUUUGAUUGGUUCUUUGACCCUCUGAUGGUCAUCAAAGAUCAAAUCAAAGCCGAGAAUUUUACAGAAGAGGAGGAGGCGUACCUUCAGAAACGCGUACUGUUGAUCAGCGACCCGAAGCGCCUCAAGGCGACUCUUCCGCAUUUGUCAUCCCUGAAUGAGCGAAAACAAGCAGAAAUAGAUGCAUUUGCUCGGAGAUUGCAAGGGAUCACAAAGUCGAUAUCAAGAUACCCGACAUUCAAGCGCCGUUUCGACGACCUAGUGAAAGCACUUUCUGAGGAGCUGGAGAGGGCAAUGGGCGGCAGCCGAUCUGUCAGUGGAUCACAGUUUCAGAAGCUCAGAAGCGGUCUUGUUCGAAUGCUUAGCCAGAGAUCGAUGGGGAAGACGGCAAGCAUCCGAGGAGGUGAUCAAGAGGCGCAGCUCACAAACGACGCUGGUGUUGCGUAAUAUUUCAAAAAAGCGGUGAAGAGAAGAUCGCCAUUGUCCAUAUGUGUUUCCUGAGUUGAUUUUCACUAACUUUGUGCAGAGAGCUGACUCUAGUGUAUGGGUUAUAUAUUGCAAACUUGCAAAGCUCCAUGUUUUAGAAAGCAAAGUUCGCCUCGUUUUUUUAUCUCAAAAAUGUCGAUUUAUGUGGAUUUUAUUAGCUUUUAUCCACCAAAAUGGUGUUACACUGAAAAUAGGAUGAGUCCAAAUUUGAGGAUCA